AUGUUUUCCCACAUAUUUUGUUUUUUUCACAAUAAAUUUUUUUUAUGUUAUAAAACGAUUAUUUUUUUCCCUUUUCUAUACAUUGUUUCUUUUUUUCCCUUUUCUAUACAUUGUUUCUUUUUUCCCUUUUCUAUACAUUGUUUCUUUUUUUUCCUUUUCUAUACAUUGUUUCUUUUUUUUUCCCUUUUCUAUACAUUGUUUCUUUUUUUUCCCUUUUCUAUUUUUUUUUUUUUUCUAUUUUCUGUUUUUUUUUUUUUUCCCUUUUCUAUACAUUGUUUCUUUUUUUUUCCCUUUUCUAUACAUUGUUUCUUUUUUUUUCCAUUUUCUAUACAUUGUUUCUUUUUUUUUCCAUUUUCUAUACAUUGUUUCUUUUUUUUUCUUCCCUUUUCUAUACAUUGUUUCUUUUUUUUUCUUCCCUUUUCUAUAAAUUGUUUCUUUUUUUUUCUUCCCUUUUCUAUAAAUUGUUUCUUUUUUUUUUUUUUUCCCCACAGGAAACUUUUAUUCCCUUGUUGCUUUUCAGAGUGCUGGAAUGCAUUGAAUCUGAGCUUCCCUUUUUUUUUUUUUUUUUUCAAACUGCCUGAAGUCAGGAGGAAGACCAAAUAA